AUGGCGGCGCUGAUCCACGCCCCGAGUGGUGGCAGCCUGGCCUACACAUUUGUGGAUGAGGAGGUGCUGCUGGGGUUCCCAAUCUGGGUGGCAGAGCUGGAGCUGCUGGUGGGCAAUGCGCGGGGCCGCACCAAGCCCGACCAGGUGCAGUGCUUCCAGCUGCUGCAAAAGCUGGUGGUCACGCUGGACCGCAGCAGCCGGCCCGAGGUGAAGGAGUUCCAGCGGCGGUGCGAGGAGGCGGUGGUGGACAUACUGCUCAAGGGCGCGCCGCCGCCGGUGCGCCGUCUGAUCUGCCAGGUGCUGGCCAAGCUGUACCUUCUGGGCGACCAGCUGCCCCUCUACUCUCGAGUCUCCAGCCUGCAGCUCUUCCUGGGCACACGCGAGGCGUUCAGCAAGGACAUGAGCGAGGACAUCCGGCUGGGGGCGCUGGAGAGCAUGGCUGCUUUGUACUACGCCCAGGGCCGCUUCCUGUCCAUAGGCGUCCAGGAGACGGCGGCGGUGGCGGCCAAGUACUGCGCUGCGCGGCACCUGGGCGAGCGCACGCUGCGCGCGGCGCUGACGCUGCUGGCGGCCGCCGUGGAGGGGGUGGGGGGCGGGCACCGCCACGCUCAGGCGGUACAGCAGGACGUGUUCCGGGCGGUGGAGCGGCUGCUGGGCUCCCGCGACGCGUCCCAGGAGACCAAGCUGGCGUGCGCCGGCGUGCUGCGCGCGCUGGGCGCCUGCGGCGGCGCCUUCCUCUGGGCCUCCAGCCUGGCGGGGUUUGAGGCGGUCAAGGCACUGUGCCUGGCCGGGGUGGAGGAUGCCUCGCCCGUGGUGAGGGCCGCGUUUGCGCAGGCGCUGGGCGCCAUUGCGGUGGCAAGCACCUCGGAUGCCGCCGCCGACUCGGCGCGUGCGUUGGACAAGUGGCCCAAGUAUGCGGCGGCGCAGCGCAAGGCGCUGGCCGAGGUGCCCACCGCCUGCCUCACCACACCCUUUGUGGAGGCCGCCUCCUGCUCCAACCGAGCCUCCUGCACCGCGCUGGCCCAGGCCUGGGCGUUUGUGGAUGUGGCGCUGCGUGUGCUGGAGAUGCUGGGGGCGGCCUGCCUAGCGGCUGGCAGCUACCAGGAGGGCUGCAUCGCCUGCGUGCUGUACGUGCUGCGCGUGGGCGUGAUUGAGCAGCUGGGCGAGGGCGGGCAGCGGCUGCUGCUGGACCGGCUGGCGGCGGUACUGGGGGCGCCGCUGGGGCAGUACACCCCCGUGGGCGUGGUCACGCUGGAGGCCAUGGCCCUGCUGCUGGAGGUGCUGGGGGAGGUGUCGGCCGAGAAGCGGGGAGAGCUGGAGCCGGCGGUGGGCGCCAAAGUGGCGGGGCCGCACGCCUGCCUGCGCCUCCAGGCCGCGGGCGCGGUGGCGGCGCUGGUGGUGGCGGAGCCGUCCAGCGCGGCGCGCCUGCUGGGCGCCUGCCUGACCAACCUGGAGGCCUCUCUGGGCAAGCUGGUGGCGGCCACGGCCUCGGGCCCGCCAGACCGCUCGCGCCCGGCGGUGCCCAGCACGCCGCGCGGCGUGGGCAGCGCCAGGCUCAAGCCCGACAUGGACGCAGUGCACGGCUGGGCGCUGACGGGCGGCGCGCUGGUGGCGGCGUCGCGGCGCCUGCCCCUGGGCAUCCCCGCCGCGCUCACCGCCGCCGUCGUGCGGUGUGCCACGCGCCUGGUCACGCAGCCGCAGGCGCAGCAGGGCGUGGUGAGCUGCCUGGAGCGGGAGGCGGGCUACAUCCUGCUGGGCUCGCUGUGCGCUGCGCUGCCCGGCCAGGUGCUGGACGGCGGCGCGGCUGGCGGCGGCGGCGGGGCGGCGGCGGCGGCGGCCGAGGCGGUGCUGGCGCUGUUUGAGCCGGCGCUGGGCGCGGAAGCUGCCACGGAGCUGGACAGGCGGUACUGCUCCAACGUGGCCAACCUAGACCAUGUGGUAGCGGCAGAACUGUGGUGGCGCACCGCGGCGCUGCAGGCGCUGGCGGCGUGCGUGCAGGGGCCGCUGGCGGCGGUCGCGGCCGGGGGCGGCGGCAGCAGCGGUACAGCUCUGUACAAGCGCGCCGCUGCGCUGCUGAAGCCCACCCUGGACGUGCUGACCGCGCACUCGGCGCUCCAGGAGCCGGCGCGCGGCAAGGGCGGCCCCAGCGGCAUGUUUGCGGGGGCGGCGGCCCUGCUGCAGCUACGCCUGCUGGAGGCGUACGCGGCACUGCCCUCGCCCACAGCAUUCGCGGGGGAGCAGGAGGCGCUCACCAAGCUGUCAGCCGCCACCGGCAGCGCCGGCCAGAUGCUGCACUCUGCACUGCGCCGCUGGCUGGACAGCGGCGACGCGAUGCUGGGGCCCUGGCAGCAGGGACGGGACCCGCUGGAGCGGGCCCUGUACGGGUUUGAGGGGGUGGCCGGGGGGCCGCACAUCCAGCCCUGGCAGGCGGGCAGCCGGCGCGGCAUCGGAUAUGCAAUGGAGGCAGAGGAGGCGGCGGCGGCGGCGGGUGGCACGGCGGGCGGUGCCCCGGCCCCCUCUCCCUACCCACAGCCGCAGGCGCUGGGCGCCGCGCUGCUGGAGGCGCAGCUGGGCCUGCUGGGCCGCAUCACCGCCCGCGUGGCGGCAGUCAACCAGGCAGCCAUCCUGGAUGCGCUCAUAGCGAUGGUGCAAGGCGGGCCGCAGAGGAAGAAAGACAAGGAGCCAGCCAAGCGGCAGGCGGCGGCCAUGGCGGCGGCGGCGGCCGCGCUGGCGGGCGCGGGCGCGCUGGGGUCGAGCGGCCGCGGCGCCGCGGCCGCGUCCGCGGCGGCUGAGCUGGCGCCACGCGUGCGCCAGCUGGCGGACGAGGUGCUGGAGGAGAGCCGGGGCAGCGUGGCGCUGCAGCGCGCCGCCGCGGACCUGUACGCCGCGGCGGCGCAGCUGGGGGGGGAUGCAGCCGCCGCUCAGCUGGUGAGGGGACUGUGCAAAGACAUGGCGGGAACGGCGUCCCUGAGCCGGCGCGCCGCCCUGGCGCUGGCGGUGGGCGGCGUGGCGCGUGCGGUGGGCGGGCUCAGCCUGCAGCCGGUGCUGGCGGUGGCAACAGAGACGCUGGUGGCGGUGGCGCGCGCCACAGACCAAUCCAUCAGCGUGUGGAUCCUGCACGCCAUGCUGCUGCUGGCCAACGCCGCGGGGCUGGCCUUUGUGCCCCACCUCAAGCACCUGCUCAACCUGGCGGAGGCCAGCCUGCUGUCGGAGGCCGCCUACUCGCUGCCCGGCCUGCUGCCGGCUGUGGGGCGGCUGGCCAACGCCAGCGUGGCGCUGCUGGGGCCCGACUACAACUUUGGCUCCCGCCCCUACCUGGUCUGCAAGUCAAUCAUCAACGACAUGCGCGCGCUGGAGGCGGCGGGCGGCGGCGGCGGCGGCGAGGCGGGGUCCUGGGGCGUGCCCCAGAGCACCGACGACGCCGUGUCUGCCGCGCUGGAGACGGUGCUGUAUGCUCAGAUGCUGGUGCUGUUUGCGCCGCAGGCGGUGCCCGCCAAGAGCCACCUGCCGGUGCUGGUCAGCAACCUGCUGUCGCGCCAGCCGCGCCUGCGCAAGGCGGCCGCCGACACGCUGCGCCACCUGGCGGAGCGCGAUGCGGGCGCUGUGCUGGCGGAGCGCGUGGAGGCGGCGCUGUUUGCUGCGCUGGACGGCGAGACGGACCCAGGCAUCGCCUCACAGAUCAAGGCCACGCUGAGCACGCUGCUGGCGGCGGGCGCCGCCACCGAGCCCGCCCGCUGGCUCACGCUGUGCGCUGAGGUGGUCAUGGCGGCGGCCCCGGGCAGCACCGCCGCGGCAGAGGAGGAGGCGGCCGCCGCUGCGGAGCAGGCGGCCGUCGACAGCGACGACGAGGAGGGGGUGGUGGCGCGGGCGCCGCCGCCGCCGCCGCCCUCGGCGGCGGCCGCAGGCCCUGCCGCCGCCGCCGCCGCGCCGGGCGCCAAGGGCCCUGCGCUGUCCCCGCGGCUGCGCACACGCCUGUUUGCGGCGCAGCUGGUGCUGCGCAUCCCGGGGCUGGUGCGCGGCGGCGACCGGCGGCACACCGACCUGGCGGCGGCGGCGGCGGCGGCCAAGGCGGGGCAGGGCGGCGAGUGGCUGGUGCUGCGCCUGCAGCAGCUGGUGGACCUGGCCUUCCGCAUGGCCUCGGGGCAGCUGGAGGCGCUGCGGCCCGCGGGCGUGGCACUGAUGUGCGCCGUACUGGAGUGCUGGGGGGAGGCCGAGGACCCUGUGGUGGAGGGCGGGCGCCUGCUGGAGCUGUACCAGGCGCAGAUUGUGUCCACGCUGAGGGCGAGCCUGGCGGAGGGCGCGGCGCCGUCGCUGGCGGCGGAGGGCGCCUCCCUGGCCGCCUCCUUUCUGGACAAGGGGCUGGACGGCGGCGAUGCCGCGGUGCUGCAGCGCAUGAUGGGCCUGCUGGUGGCGCCCCUGGCGCUCUGGGGCGGCGGCGAGCAGGAGGCGCUGUAUGCUGAGUGGGUGGGGGUGCGCGCCCGUGUGGCGCUGCUGGAGGCGCACGCGCACUGCACCGUGCUGGCGGCGGCGGCGGAGGCGGGUGGCGCCACGGCGCGGGUGGUGCGACAGGCGCAGAGCCCGCACCUGCAGCUGCUGCUGGACAGCUGGAUGGGGCUGCUCCAGGAUUAUGUGGCGGUGUGCACUCAGCCCGCAGAGGUGUAUGCCGGCUACCGCCUGCGCCUGUGCCAGCCGGCACCAGCAGCAGCAGCUUCCGCGCCGCCGGGCGAAACGCCCGCGGCGGCGGAAGCGGCGCCAGACGGCAGCGAGGCCGCCGAGGCUUCCGCCGCCGCAGCAGCGGCCGCCGCUGGCCCCACGCCGGCGGCUGUGCUGGAUGCUGUGCGGCCCGCCCUGCUGCGUGCCUGGCCCUCAGCGCUGGAUGCAGCCAGCACUGUAGUGGCGGAGCGGCUGCUCCCCGAAGCCGGCGCCACCUCGUCAGCGGCGGCGCAGGAGCGGCACGCCGUGCUGCUGGAUGUGUGCCAGAUGGCGCUGGGCCAGGCAGCCGAGGCGGCGGUGCUCGCUGCCGUGGGCGACAAGGACGAGCUGGCGCAGGCGCUGGCCGGCGACGGCCUGCCUGUGCUGGGCACGGCCCUGGGUGCGCUGCGCCGCCUGACCGCGCCGCACUUUGCGUCGGCGGGCUGGCUAGCGGGUGAUGUGGCGGCUGAGCUGGCGGCGCUGCUGCGCCAGCUGGCGCAGGCUGUGUUGCUGCCGCUGGCCGCCGUCGGGCGGCUGGCUGCCCCCGGACAGGCGGCGGCGCUGGCCGAGGCGGCGGCCGCCGUGCUGCAGCAGCUGCCCGGCGGCAGCAGCUUGCGCGCGGGCGAGGUGGUGGCUGCGGCGCAGGCCUGCCUGCAGCUUGCAGCCAGCGACGGCGGCGGUGGCGGCGCGGCGGUGGCCACCUCCGCCCUGGCUGCAGUGAUGCAGCAGCUGCGUGCGGCGGGCCCUCCCGAGGCGUUUGUCCCCUGCCUGAGCCAGGCUCUGGAGCUGGGAGCGGAGCUAGCUGGCUCCAGCCAGCACCAGGAGCAGCUGGCCACUGCAGCAGCCUUCCUAGCCGAUGCCGCCGAUGCCGCGACCAGCUGGCAGCAGCAGCAGCAGCAGGCUGGCAGCGGCGGCAGCGGCGAUAGCGGCGGCGGCGGCAGCGAUGGCGGCGAGGGCCUGCCGCCUGUGGACGCCGUGCUGGCGGGAGUGGUGCAGGCGCUGGCGCAGCGGGCCCGGCAGUUUGGCAGGGCGAACGGGGCCGGCAGCGCCAAGGGGCAGCAGCUUGAGGCUGUGCUGGGGGGCUUGCUGUCGCUGGGCGGCGCUCUGGGGCCGGCAGCACACGUUGGCAGCGGCAGCGGCAGCGGCAGCGUUCUCAGCGUGGCAGUACCGAGCGGUGCAGCGCAGCCUGCCGCAGCUGCUGCAGCGUCAGAGGGUAUAGAUGACGAUGAGUGGGGCGAUGACCCCUUUGCAGAGGCGGAGCCUGCCCCUGCGGCAGCGGCGGGUCCUGGUGCUGACAUGGAGGCAGGCGAGGCGGCUGCCGGCGAGGAAGCUGCCGCUGCUGAGGAGGAGGCAGCUCCUGCCGCUGAGGAGGAUCAGGACGAGGAGGAUUGGGGUGAUGAUCCGUUUGGGGACAGCUCGGCGGCAGUGGAAGAAAAGGAGGAAGCAGAGGCGGUUGCUGAAGGGGCUCCCCAGGAAACGGCAGCCCCGCCGUUGCCCGAGCCUGAAGCAGGCGAGGCGGCCGCGGCCGAUCCGCAGGCAUCGCUGGCAGAGGCGCCAGCGGCAGGGGAUGCGGAUGGGACGGUGGAGGAGGAUCAGAUGGAAGAGGCGGGAGCGGAGCCAGGUGCAGCUGCGGUGGCGCCUGAGGCUGUGGUGGGCGAGGCGGAACCGGCAGCAGACAGCGAAGAUGAGUGGGGGGACGACCCCUUUGUUGCCAGCUCAGCGGCGGAAGAGGCCCCCGCAGCAGCAGCAGCCCCCUCGCCCGCCGCUCCCGUCUCUUCAGAGGGCGGCAGCGAAGCGCUGGCAGGCCUGUCGCUGACAGACGGCGGCGGCUCCGGUGGGGCGGCUGCGGCCACCUCGCCUGCGGUGGCAGCUGCCCGGCAGCUGGUCCUGGAUGUGCUGGCUGAGCUGGCGGGCUGCGGCGACACCGCCCUGCAGCUGCACACCAUGGCUGCCCUCCGCGCCUUCUUCCAGCGCCAGCAGGCCGCGGCCGGCGCCAGCCAGCUGGCCUGGGCCCUGCAGUGUGCGGCGGCGGCGCUGCCGGGGGCGCUGGGCCGGGUGCGCGGGCUGAUGAUGGGCGGCGGCGGCGGCAGGCUGGGGGAGGCCGAUGUCCAGUUUGUGGCUGAGGCGCUCAAGGCGGCCCUGCUGGCGGCUAACCUGGCGGCCGGCAGCGAGGCGGCGCAGGCCUCGCUGCUGCGCCUGCUGGUGCCGGUUCUGGUGGAGGUGGCGGCACCCGAGGCCCCCCCCACUCCUCUGCUGGUGGACAUGGCUGUCAAGCUGCUGACGCACCUGGCCUCCAGCCCCGCGGCAGCCGCCUUCCGGGCGGCGGCCGCUGAGCUUCCGGCCGCAGCCAAGCAGCGGCUGGCGGCGGCGCUGGCGGCGGCGGCGGCGGGCGCGGCGGCGGCGCAGCAGCAGGCGGCCGUGGCGGCGCAGCCGGCCAGCGCGCCCAUGCAGCGCGCCACGGUCAAGCUCAAUUUUGCGGCCUUCAAGAAGUGA